UGUACAUGUUUCCUCACAACCACUAUGUAAGAUCAUUACCACCUUUCAAGUCAGCAACAUCCGGGACAGUGUCCUCCAACAGCAGAAAGUCGGAAGGUUGUGCAUCCGACAAAGACGCUCUGGUGGACAGGCGGGCGAGCGACAGAUGAGAACAGCGGACUGGCUUUUGGUUUUUUUUCACUCUCCUGACUGGGCAUGAGAAGACAACCAUGAAGGUCACGCUGAAUGUCGUCGCCUUGCUGGCCGCCCUGGUUGGCAUUUUGAGCUUCGUUUUCUUGGUGGCCGCCAUCAGCACAGAUUUUUGGUAUCUCAUCGAUGCUUCGGAGCUGGAGAAGACCAGCAACCGCACAGAAAGCAUGAGUUCCCACUCAGGGCUAUGGCGGACCUGCCAAGUUAAAAACGGCUGCAGGUCUUUGGCAAAUCCCUUUGGGUUUGAGAGAGCAAACAUCACCACUUCACAUGAGCACCUACUAAACAUGCACGGAGCUUUUGUGAUCCUGCUUCCGCUCAGCCUCAUCCUGAUCGUCUUUGCGGGAAUGACCGGAUUCAUCAGCAUCCUGGCUGGGGCUUAUUUCCUCAUCGUGUUCACUGGCUUCUUCUUCCUUUUUGGAGCUCUCAUCACGUUGGCCGGCGUCAGCCUCUACAUCGCCCACUCUGCCCUAGCAUUCAGGGAAGCCACCUUCAUCCUGGGGAAAGGAAGCGUCCUGGAACGCCUUGACAUCCAGUUUGGCUGGUCGUUGGCGUUGGCCUGGCUCUCUUUUGUGGCGGAGGUGCUGACUGGGCUGGCGUUUCUCCUGGCUGCCCGGAUCUUGGACCGUCUGCGGCGUCAGGAUUGCUCGAUAUGAUGGGAGUUCAGUAAUGCAGCCCGUACAUUGGGGACCUCUUUGGCUAAAAGGUUUCGACACUUGCGUCCCAACUCUUUCGUCCCUGCUAUUACCCUUCACAGUGUCUGCUUUCCUUCCAAGUCCUUUUUCUUUCAUGGGGUCGGGUUGCUGCUAAGAUGACAGGCCUUUUGGGGCAAGGAGUCCGAGCAAUGACAUCUUAGCACCAGUCUUCCCCCGAACAGGGAUUCCCAGGUGUUGUGGACUACAACUCCCAUCACCUCCAAGCCGAAGCCAUUGCAGCGGGGGAAUUCAGGGAGUUGUAGUCCACAACAUCUGGCUUAGCCCACAUGGGAAAAUUAAAUUCUGCCCCCAGAAAUCCUAAAAGCUGCAUUCGGCAGAAAAGGCAGAUUUUAGGAUUUCGGACCCGCUGCCUCGAGGGAAGGAGCAGAGGUGCCCACUCCCCUUUCAAAAGAAAGACGUAUGUCAGUAAGAGGGUGGUCUUGAUUGGCAAUACAGAUCCGGCAUCCCCAUCAUGCAAAUGGGAAUGCAGAUCUGCUUACUUUCUCCAUCCACCCACCUCCACUUCCCCCACACAUCCACACUGGGGAGGGGUCAUUUGAAAACAGCCUAUACAUGCAUAAACCAAUAUUGCUUUGGUCAGUCCCUUGGAGCGGGGGAGUGAGACCAUACAAAUUUGGGCGACACAUCUAGGCUUUGAUGUAUGUGGUUCAACUGUGGCUAGUCUGUCCCUGUCUGGAUCUGUGAGAUGGUGGAGAUGGGGCUUAUAUGAGGAGGAGAAAAGGCUGGAGGGUUUAUGUUUCUCCUUACUCCAUGGGCCAGAUUGGGCUAUAAGCAGAGGCGUUCUUACCCCUGGACUUCGGGGCUGAAGUCCAGGGCCCCCACACCUCCUGCUCUCCCCACAAUCCUUUUUUGUCUGUCCUGGGUGGGGUGGUUUGUGCCCUCAAGAACCAACGUGUUAAAAAAGCCAGCAUAGCAUAGUGAUUAGAGUGUUGGACUAGGACCGGGAAGACCUGAGUUUGAAUCCCCAUUCAACCAUGAAACUCACUGGGUGACUCUGGGCCAGUCAUGUAGCUCUCAGCCUAACCUACCUCACAGGGUUGUUGUGAGGAUAAAAAUAAGCAAGUACAUCACUCUGCGCUCCUUGGAGGAAGAGCAGGAUAUAACUGUUUUAACAAAAGAGUAAAACUUAACUGCAGUAGCAGGGGGCUCCAAAGGCUUUUAGGUCCAGGCUCCAAAAUUACCUAGGUGCACCUCUAGCUAUAAAUAUUGCCUGAACCAACCCAAUGAGGGUUGGAUAAUUUUCACAGAGAGGGGCAGGAGAGGACUUGGUCUUAAACAAACCACCUCCCACAAAACGUGCAUGGGCUAUGGAGAAGUCCUGUAGCAGAAUUGUGGCUUUGCUGUGAAUCCUCCGGUUUCAGCACCAGAAAGAAUUUUGAAGGAAAACUCUGUGGUCUCUGCUGACAUCGCGUGGCUGGAACAGGAAACUGAACAGACUACAACAGUCAAGGGGAAAAAAAUGGGAAAUAACCUCAAAAGAAUGGAAUCGUAGCUGAGGCAAUAAUGGAGUUGGCCUCUAGCUUGGAUGGCUUUAAAAGGGGCUUAGACAAAUUUGUGGUACAGUGGGGAAAUGACUUGAUUAUUAAGCCAGAGGUUGCUGGUUCGAAUCCCUGCUGGUAUGUCUCCCAGACUAUGGGAAACUCCGAUAUCGGGCAGCAGCGAUAUAGGAAGAUGCUGAAAGGCAUCAUCUCCUACUAUGUGGGAGGAGGCCAUGGUCAUCCCCUCCUGUAUUCUACCAAAGACAACCACAGGGCUCUGUGGGUGCCAGGAGUUGACACUGACUUGACAACACACUUUACUUUUACCUUUAGACAGAUUUAUGGAGGGCAGGUCUAUCGAUGGCCACCCCCAACUUUAAAAGGGUUUUUUUUGGUCUAAGCUUUAAAAGCGGCUUAGACAAGUUUAUGGAGGACUCGUCGAUCAAUAGGCCACCUCCAGCCUCAGAGGCAAGAUGCCUCUGAAUACCAGUUGCAGGGAAGCAGUAGCAGGAGAGGGGGGCAUGCCCUCAGCUCCUGCCUGUGGGCUUCUCAGAAGCAUCUGUUGGCCACUGUGGGAAACAGGAGGCUGGACUAGAUGGGCCUCCUUGGGCCUGAUCCAGCAGUGCUCUUCUUAUGUUCUUAUCAUUGCCGAAUGGGGGCGAGGGGUGUAGUGGUUAGAUGGCCAGUCCUGGUUAUAGUUUAGUUUCCUGUUUCUUUGGGUCUCUUUGUUGCCAGAAAACAAGUGGUAAACUUAACUUAUUUUUAAGAGUGAGUCGGACCCUGGAUUAUUUUCUGGGACCCAGCGAGUCUAAGGGACUCUCCUUCAGUGUUCCUGGUAACAGAGAAUCCCCGAUGCUGUUGAGUACAACUCCCAGCAUCCUCAGUUGCCAUGGUAUUUGGCAGGGGAUGCUGGGAGUUGUAGCCACAGCAACUGGGAUUGGCCCAAAUGGAUGUGGCUAGCGUCCCUCUGGUCUAUCUGCCACUGGGGGAGGGGGGGAGAAGUGAGAAGCACUGCUCCCUCCCUGCAGGCACCUUGUGGCCACGGGGUAAGGGGAAAAGAGUUCCCCCCCCCCCCCGGAGGUUUGGUGGGGUGGGCGUGGGGUGGCUGCCAAGGCCCCCCGGCAUUUGGAGCCCCCCCGGACCUUGGAGGACCGGACCGGGUCCCCAAGGUCCGGUGGUUUGUGUGCCUCUGUCUGUGAGUCUGUAUGCUUGCCUGCUACAAAGCUGGUCUAUAAAGAACCCAUUGACAUGCGAAUCACUGCCUCCCCAGCCCCCUGACCCCUGACCCCCACACCCCUUCACGUCUAAAGGUAAGGUUAACCCUUCACUUUCUGUCUAGGAACAAUUCAACUAGCAUAGCAUUGCUAUCCCAACCAAUGGAAGUUGUGGCUGGGGACAUUUGGGGAAGAGAAAGACCUCAGUGAUAGAGCUCGCACUAUCCCAGAAGUCUACAUGGGAACAGAGGAAGCUGCCUUCUACUGAGUCAGACCCUUGGUCCCUCUAGCUCAGUAUUGUCUACCCAGACUGGCAGCGACUUCUCCAAGGUUGCAGGCAGGAGUCUCUCCCAGCCUUAUCUUGGAGAGGCUGCUAGAGAGGGGACUUGGAACCUUCUGCAUACAAGCAGGCAGGUGCUUUUCUCAGGAGCAGCCCCAUCCUCUUAGGUAGCCUGCUCAACUUUGCCCCCCGCCCCCAUCUGUUUUUGGACUACAACUCCCAUAAUUCCCAGUCACAGUGACCAAUAGCCAGGGAGUAUGGGAGUUGUAGGCCAACAUCUGCAGAAGGGCUGAAGCUGAGCAGCCCUGCCCUAAAGGGAAUGCCUUACAGGGCUCACUCCUGUAGUCUCCCUUUCAAAUGCAAGGAAGUGUGGACCCUGCUUAGCAAAAGGGACAAUUCAUGCUUGCUACCACAAGACCAGCUCUCUGUGACUGAAUCCUAGAGGCCCCUCGGGGGAUUUCGAUUCGUUUCGUCCCAUUCCAAUGCAAACCAAGGCAGACCCUGCUUAGCAAAGGGGACCAUUCAUGCUUGCUACCACAAGACCAGCUCUCCUACCUUACAGGGUCAAUUUUGGAGAGCUCUCCUACCUUGACAGGGUCAAUUUUGGAGAGAAGAGGAGAAUUAAGCUUGCCAUAUCUGUCAACCAUGGAUGGUGCCUGGACAUGAUAGGAAGUUUUUUCCAGUGGAAUGUUGGUUCUGUUUUUAAUUAUUUCCCCCUCUUUUGUUUUAGCAUGGGGGUGCGGUGGGGUGGGGGGGGGAUUGUUAAAAAUCAAUGCCAAGCCGGGCUUUCAGCAUAAUGAUCUUUCAGUGUCCGUAGCUGCCCUUUCUCCAAAGCUCAUCAUCUUCCAGGCAGUGACCGCAACUUUGGGACGCCCAUCUGGUUGCGGAAGUAUUACUUUGCUUUCCCCGAGCCUCCUUGCCUCCUCCGACAUUUAAAAGGUAAUAUUGUCUUGUGCAGACAGAGGGUGCAGAGAAAAUCAAUGUCUCUGCACUGCGACAUGGUGGUUACAUCUUCCUGAGCACUUUGGCACUGGCUGUGUCAGCCCAGUGGGCAGGCGUUUGUCGAAUCAUCCUUUUAUGGCCACGACCGUCGCUUGGCUUGUAUCGUACGGAGGUGAAACUUAAUUCUGAGAAGAGAAAUGCAUCAGGAAAAUCUUUGAGGCCUGCCGGGGGGGGGGGGCUGUUUUGUCUCACAAAACCUGCCGUUUCACAUGCGGGUGAGGCUGAAGCCCUGUUCACACAUGAUGUUGUGUGCGCGCGCACACAAGCUGUGUACAGUGGCUGGCUUCCAGUUCCAGACUAAUGCGGCAAGGGCAAGGAUGUUGCGCUAGCAAAUUCCGCUAGGACAGCCAGUGUGGUGUAGUGGUUAGAGUGUGGGGCUGGGAGAAAAGGAGACCCGAGUUCGAAUCCCUGUUCAGCCACGAACCUCACUGGGUGACUCUGGGGCCAGUCACGUCUCUCUCAGCCUGACCUACCUCACAGGGAUGUUGUGGGGAUAAACAUAACCGUGGGCGCUGCUUUGGGUUUCUCGGACGUAGAUGUAAAAAUCAUAGAAUAAAAGGAAGUUGGACGCUUGGGUUCCAGAUGAGUGUUGUGCCAUUGUAAUCGAGUGUGCUUGCUUACAUGCCUCCUGUUGUGAACUUUCUUGGUCCAUAUAUGUCACAGCUAUAUAACUGUAUAACUUCUUAAUUGAUUGAUUGAUUGAUUGAUUCUGCAUAGGAGCAACGUAGUAUGGACAAAGGCCAAUGAUGUCAUCAGGAAAACAAGGGGGACUCAAGACCAGAGUCCUCUUCUAAUUUUUUCCAUCUGUGUGUGGAAUGAGUUUUUUUCCAGGUGUCGGUAUCAAGGCAGUGCGCGUGCACCUGCAUUCAGAGGGGGGCCUUCCCCAUUCAAUCUGAGCGGGAUCUUCAAUUAAUGGAGCGGACAUAAAACAACUUGUGUGCACGCCUUAAAGGGACCACGGCUCAAGACUGGUUUGUAAUUAAUAUGGGGAAAGUAGGUAAAUGCCAGGUGUCCAGGAUAUGCCUGAGUAAUAAAUCUGGUUUUUAAAGAUUUUUUCCGAGUCAGAAUGUGGCCAGUUUAUUUUUUAAUUAUUUCAUUUAAUACAUUUCUAUACCGCCCCAAACGCAAGUUCUCUGGGCGGUUUACAAAACAAUGAAAACAGCCAAUAAAAGAUUAAAACAUUUCAACCAUUAAAAUUAAAAAUGUUAAAACUAUUAAAACACAAUUAAAACCUAAUUAAAAUGAAUUAAAAGCCUGGGUGAACAACUGCAUCUUGACUGCCCUUUAAAAAGUUGUCAGAGAUGAGGAGGCUCUUAUUUCAGCAGGAAGUGUGUUCCAAAGCCUUCGGGGCAGCAAUGGAGAAGGCCCGU